CCUCUUCAUUUACUCAGUGCAGGCAGUUGUGGAUCCAAACGCGCUUUUUAACUUUGCCCUCUCUUCGAAACUUUCCUAGGGCUCGUGACAAAUGGCUGACAAGCCCUCCGACUGUUUAAUUCACAGAAUAGUCUUAAACUGGGAAAGUUGGUUCGCUUAAUUUUUUUAAAAAGCGCACGAAAAACUUUUGAGUGAUCUCGUCGAAAGGCGACAGAAAGAAUCCGGAGACGCGUCGCGGCCAUCUGUUUAAAGCUUCAAACUCAAAAUGUCCGUCACCAGCCACGAAAACCGAAAAUCUCGCUCCAGCUCCGGCUCCAUGAACAUCCAGUUGUUCCACAAGACGUCGCAUGCCGACAGCCUCCUGACCCAGCUCAACUUACUUCGCAAGCGCAAAGUCUUCACCGAUGUCGUCCUGAAAGCCGGCAACCGGGCCUUCCCCUGCCACCGGGCCGUCCUGGCCUCCUGUAGUCGUUACUUCGAGGCCAUGUUCAGCGGCGGACUGAGGGAGAGCCGUGACGCCGAAGUCAAUUUCCACGACUCCCUUCAUCCGGAGGUGCUGGAGUUGCUGCUCGACUACGCCUACUCGGCCCGAAUCAUCAUCAAUGAGGAAAACGCAGAGUCCCUGCUCGAGGCCGGUGAUAUGCUUCAGUUCCACGACAUCAGGGAUGCGGCAUCGGAGUUUCUAGAAAAGAAUCUCCACCAGUCCAACUGUCUGGGGAUGAUGCUGCUGUCCGACGCCCAUCAGUGCCAGAGACUGUACGAGCUGUCGUGGAGCAUGUGUUUGGCAAACUUUGCGACCCUCUACAAAACCGAGGACUUCCUAAACCUUCCCAGAGACAAAGUGCGCGAGCUGAUCCUCAGUGAAGAGCUGGAGGUGGAGGACGAGAGCCUGGUGUACGAGGCCGUAAUCGAUUGGGUCAAGGCCGACAUGGAGCAGAGGCACAGCGAACUGCCAGAGUUGCUGCGCUGCGUCCGUCUGGCGCUUCUAGCCGAGACGUACCUCCUCAACAACGUGGCUUCGGAGGAGCUGGUCAUGUGUCACAAGGUGGGCCGGGAGAUCGUGGAAGACGCCGUGCGGUGCAAGAUGAGGAUCCUCCAGAAUGAUGGCAUCGUGACGGGAUUCUGCGCCCGGCCCAGAAAAGUCAGCCAGGCUUUGUUGCUGCUUGGAGGACAAACCUUCAUGUGCGACAAAGUCUAUGUGAUUGACAACAAGACCAAAGAGAUCACCCCAAAAACGGACAUCCCGAGCCCCAGGAAGGAAUGCAGCGCCUGUGCCAUCGGUUGUAAGGUCUAUGUCACUGGAGGGCGUGGCUCUGAGAACGGAGCCUCCAAAGAUGUCUGGACCUACGACACGUUGCACGACGAGUGGUCCAAAGCGGCGCCCAUGUUGGUUGCCAGAUUCGGACAUGGCUCGGCAGAGCUGGACCACAUGCUUUACGUUGUGGGCGGACACACUUCUCUUGCGGGAUCCUUUCCCGCCUCCCCGUCCGUGUCACUUAAACAGGUGGAGCAGUACGACCCGCAGACCAAUAAAUGGACGCUGGUGGCCCCGCUCAGAGAAGGCGUGAGCAACGCCGCGGUUGUCGGUGCUAAAAACAAGCUCUUCGCCUUUGGAGGAACCAGCGUCAACAGAGACAAAUAUCCCAAGGUUCAGUGCUUUGACCCUUGUCAGAACCGCUGGUCCGUUCCGGCGGCGUGUCCGCAGCUUUGGCGCUACACGGCGGCGGCGGUGGUCGGAAACCACGUCGUCGUGAUCGGGGGCGACACCGAAUUCUCAGCCAGCUCGGCAUACCGCUUCAACAGCGAGACGUACCAGUGGUCCAAGUUCGGCGACGUGACCGCCAAACGAAUCAGCUGUCAUGCGGUGGCAUCGGGGAACAGACUCUACGUGGUCGGGGGCUACUUUGGCGCCCAAAGGUGUAAGACACUAGACUGCUACGAUCCGUCGUCGGACUCUUGGGACAGCGUGACCAGCGUUCCUUACUCGCUCAUUCCCACGGCGUUCGUCAGUACAUGGAAGUACCUGUCAGCCUAGAAAUGCUUGGCCGCGUUGAGCUUCCUACGCAACGAGGAUGAAGGGGCCCGUGUGUUCCCCGCCGGCGUUCCCGGUACCGUCAACAUUGGAUUGGCUCGAUUCCUGGAAAGUGAAGACUGAAAGAGCGUCUUCAUCGCCUCCUUCCACCGGAUGUGUUUACCCAGAACGUCUUGUGUAACUUUCCCAUGUAGCCCCGAAGCCGGUGCGGUUGCCAUGCACACUUUGUAACAUGCGAAGCACAGCCUGGGGAGGCCCCGGAGCAGAAAACUCGGUGACUUAACGCCAAAUGUUUGACUGAAGUCCCGCAACAUCGAAAGGUUGCAUCGGCAGACAAGCGUAGAAGUCAAGAAGAUGUGUGCUAAAAGCGUCUGAUUCGAUGCACCGUACCACUCUUCCUGUCUCUAUUUUUAGGCUUCCCUCAAUUUUGGCCAGCUUAAAUUUGCAUCUUCCUCCCGAAGUGAAAAUACAAACUGGCAAGGACGGUUACAGCUGAAGAAGUUACUUAUUAUUGUGUGCGCGUCUCAGGGUUAUGUUCAUUUUUUUUUCUUUUUACUGCAUGAGGAGGCAUGAACUGCAUUUGCCGAAGGAUGACCUCUUUAUUGUCUGUUUUUAACAAUCCUCUUCUUUGUGUGAAUGUACAAGUUGAAUGACAAAAGUUGUUUUCGAUGACAUCUGCAGUGAUUUUUCCAUCUGAAAAUGU